GCCAUUACACUUACCCACACGGAUCGAACAUGGCUGCCUCCAUGGAAGGCGAGGGUGACUUUGGAGAUGAUUACUAUGCCUUACUUAAUGUCGAUAGACAGAGUUCAAAUACAGAAAUUGAUGCUGCCUAUCGACGCCUGACCAAAAUUUACCAUCCUGACAGACAUGUUGAACCCAUCAAGAAGAAAAAAGCUGAAAAUCUAUUUAGCAAAUUAAAAAAAGCCCAUGAUGUUCUAUCAGACCCGAACAAGAGACAGAUAUAUGACCGCUUUGGUCUUAAAGGCCUCCAAGUGGAAGGACUAGAGUUGAUGACCAGGACAAGAUCUCCCGCUGAAAUUAUUGCUGAGCUGAACCGUUACCAGCAGGAACAAGAAGAUAGGAAGUUACAACAGAGAACUAAUCCCCGGGGAAUGGUGACGAUGGGAAUUAAUGCAACAGAUGUUUUUGAUACAGAUCCUGACAUGGAUGAUGAAUUAGAAAGUUAUAGAUCCAGAAUACCUAGUAUAGAGAUUAGUCACAUGACUUUAAACCAGUCGGUCCAGAUUCCCAUCACUAAGAAGGAUACUUCCGUUAUUGCUGGCACAUUGGCCACUCGUAACGGUAACGGACAGGGCACGUUUACGGCUAUCUGGCGAAGAAUUACGUCUGAUAAUGGAUGGGCAGAGGUGGAAAUGUCGUGUGGCGAUAACAUCGGAACUAGUCUACGUGGGUUUAGGAAAAUCAAUCGCCGAUGCUACUGUACAGCGACUGCCAACAUUUCCUACCUCUCCAGUGGUAACAGGAGGGCUGUUGCCUUUACAGGAUUCCAGACAAUGAUAGCUUGUCAGCUUGAUACCCACCUCCAGGGCAGACUUGUGUGGAACGUAGGGCGGCCAUCAGCCAUGAGGACUCUAAUAGUGUAUGACAAGGAAACAUACACUAUAUUAUUUACUGCUCAGCUUGGCAUUCCAAACAGUUUUCUUCAAAGUGUCUUUGUAAAAAAAUUCCCAGACAAGGAAGCAAAAGUGCGUCUUUCUGCAAAAGUCAGCCUUAUUGGUGCAGUUGUAGAAUAUGGCUGUGAGAAGAAAGUGUCACAGUUCAGUACAAUCGGUGCUACCAUGUCAAUAGGAAGCACUGUCGGCGUUUCUCUCAAGAUCAAAUUGAUCCGAGGCCAACAAGAGUUCCACUUCCCUAUACAUCUGUCGGAGAACAUCAUUCCUGAGGCUAUUGUUUAUGGUACCUUUCUUCCACUAGCUACAUACUUUGUGGUGAAGAAGUUGAUUGUGGAUCCAUACUUAAAACGACAGGAGGAAGAAUCACAAGAAAAGAAGAAGGAAGAGGCAGCUGAGAAAAUGGCCGCUAAGAAAGACGAAGCCACAGCAACUGUGGAGCUAAUGAAAGAGUCUGUGGAACGAAGCAUCGAAACAGAGGAGAGAAAACGAGGUCUAGUCAUUCUAAAGGCACUAUAUGGGAAACUGAUAUCUGAUGAUGAUGGAGAACUAUUGGAGGGCCAGUGUAUAGACGUGCUCACCCCAGUACAGGCCCUGGUACGGGACUCUCAACUUGUCCUCUCCGACACCAAAACAAAGUGUGAUAUACCUGGUUUCUAUGAUCCCUGCCCAGGCGAGACAAAAACACUGUAUAUACGAUAUAAAUUCAGGAAUAAGCUUCAUCAGGUUACGUUAGCGGACGAUGACGCCAUACGACUACCAUUACAGAAACAUAUCUUAAAGGAGGAAGAAACUUGAAGGAGAAAAUGACUUUUAAAAUAAUAUUUCAUAAUGUGUUAAAAACACCAAAAUCCAGGAUGAAUAACUCUUGAUUCAGGGUUCCUACACUUAGAGUCGGCUCAUAGUUACGAUUGUGGGUCAGGGUUAUAUGUAUUGUUUGCUUUCAGAAAUGUGUUUUAUGAUCAUAAGACUUCUUAAACUUUACCUGAAGGUUUCGUAAAAUUCAUGCAAACUUUGUGCCAAAGUAUGUUCCACCUCACCCGGUUGACCAUAGCUGUAGAUAGGUCAUAGAUAGGUUUCAUUGUUGUAAACAAUUCGUAUCACUUCAAAGGAAUAUUCGGGUCAGACCUGAUUGAAUCCUGACUGCUGAUUUCAGAUUCCACAGCUAAUUGACCUGUGUUUGAGUUAUCACUGACGGCCAUAGAGCUACGGUCCCUUCCUGUUUUGACAUUUUAUGAAGAUAAAAAGUUUGAAAUCUUUUGAUUUGGUUUACAUUUAACCAACAUAGCAAGAGCUUUCGAACUUGUAAGUAGUCUCUGGUAUGACUGUGAAUGAUCAAUAAAUUAAUUUCCUAAAUUAUCUGGAUGUGGAUCAGUUAAAUUGCACAAACAUUUUCAAAGGUCAAAGGUCAUACACUUUUCUGUAAAAACUGGACACCGUCUGAUUCUGAUACAAUUUUUUUUUUUUUUUUUUUUCAUGUUCUUAUUCUUUCAAAUACCUUUUUUGAGGGAGAAUUGAAGUUUGAUACUGUUUUUCCAACUUCAUAUGAUUCAUUCCAAGUAUGAAUACCGGCUAUGCAACAAUUUUCCACAAAAUAAGAGAACAAAAGCUAAUUAGGAAAUGAAGAGGAUUCUCUCUCCUACACUUAACUGCUACAAUUGUUUUGUAGAGAAAAAAAUAAAUCCAUCCCCCGCUACAAAGGGAAAAGAAUGCCAACUUGGGGGAAAAAAUGUAAUGGCUCACAAAAUGGUGAUGUCGUAACAUUAUAUACAGCAUAGCCAGAUCACAAUCAAGUAACGUCAUCAGUUUUGUCACUCUCUCUAUAUACCAAAAACGAUGGUAUAAUGAAUCCAGUGUGUCAUUACAAUGUGUGGUAUUGAACUUCAGAAAAGUGUGGGAUAAAAAUAAUGAGUCAUCCCUGUGUUAUGUAGACACAUACAUAUGUACAUGUAGAGAUCUCAACACUCUAUAAAGCCUCGUUAUCAACUUGUCGUAGCCUUGUAUGAUAUUCUGUGAAUCUGUUUCCUGUUGAUACGUAGUUAUUAAGCAUUUGUCACUUGUUAAGUUGAUAGAUAUCUUGAAGUAUUAUAUUUCUGUUAUUUUUACGUUGAAUGAUCAAGAUUUUCAUAAGAUUUACUGCAUUUACUUGAUAAUUCAAUCGAUACCUUAUUGUAAUACAAUGUAUGUAAAUAAAUGAAAAGAAGAUAUUGAUAAAUUCAUUAAUAUAUUAGUAUUACAGGUACAUAUUCAAGUUAAUUUUUGCUGAAGAUAAACUGUUUUGUGUUCAUCAAAUUUACUUAAAACAGCAGUCUGAUAUUUAGAACAAUGGUUUGAAUCAAAGCUAUUGAUUGUAGUUUUAAUUAGUCUGGUGGAAAUUGAACGGACCCAAAAAUCAAACAAAAAUUCUUAAACUGAAGAUUUUAAUAGUUAAUACUCGAAAUUUAUUUUAAGCCUUGUAUCUAUUGAAAUAUUAAUUUGGACAGUUCAAUGUUUGAUCAGUCUUGAUCUGAGUUAGUGAUACAGAAUCAAAAACAUUUUUGAGAACAUUUCUGAAUUAAAGAAUUUUUCAAGCAUUUAUGAUGCAUUUCUAUGUGUGAGACAAUCAGGUCAUUUCUGCAUUUUUGUGUCACCAAUCAAUUCUGGUUUUGAUGCCAUGUGGUUUAUCAUCAUCAGCGGAAUAUAACACUUUCAUAGAAAUUUUUAAGUUUCUGCUUCUGCGGGAAAUCCUCUGUUAUGUAAAUAAGAACGUUAACAAAUUUUAUUAUCAGUGUAGUAAAUAACAUUUUAUGGACAUUAAUUUCUAAUUAAUCCACACAUUUCCUUUCCCCGUAGAAAGGUGAAGGUUUGCUUUAAGGUCAAACAUUGUAUUAGAAAGAACAAUUUCUGCUUUAAUUUGUGACAGAAUGUGUUAUUUUAUAUAGUUAAUUGGAGUCGUGACUGUUAAGCCAUUACUACACUGGUAUAGCCAUUACUACACUGGUAUAGCCAUUACUACACUGGUAUAGCCAUCACUACACCGGUAUAGCCAUCACUACACUGGUAUAGCCAUUACUACACUGGUAUAGCCAUUACUACACUGGUAUAGCCAUUACUACACUGGUAUAGCCAUCACUACACUGGUAUAGCCGUUACUACACUGGUAUAGCCAUCACUACACAGGUAUAGCCAUUACUACACUGGUAUAGCCAUCACUACACUGGUAUAGCCAUCACUACACAGGUAUAGCCAUUACUAUACUGGUAUAGCCAUUACUACACUGGUAUAGCAAUUACUACACUGGUAUAGCCAUUACUACACUGGUAUAGCCAUUACUACACUGGUAUAGCCAUUACUACACUGGUAUAGCCAUUACUACACUGGUAUAGCCAUCACUACACUGGUAUAGCCGUUACUACACUGGUAUAGCCAUUACUACACUGGUAUAGCCAUUACUACACUGGUAUAGCAUAUGUUUAAGAUGGUCUUCAUACAAAUUAAAACAGUCGAACCUGAAACAAAUCACAUGAUACAUCGUGAUACAGCAUGGCCUCUGAAUGUUUGGUUUUAUAAAAACAACAAACUAGCUGUAACUGAAUUUUGAACUUGUCCUAUCAUGACAGCCCCUUUAUGGUAUAGCUACAUUUAUUUGAGGAAUAUGUCCAUGUUAGCUAGACUAUUUCAACUAUGUUACAUCCAGAAAAGCAGACAUUAGUGCUAUGCUGAAUACACGUGUGAAUAAAUCCUCUGAAAUACU